AUGCUCAAGUCCAUAAAGCUCGAGUUUCUGCCAGCGAAUGCAACAGCUGUCAUUCAACCUAUGGACCAAGAUGUCAUUCAAAACCUUAAUGUCUUCUACAGGCGACAGCUUCUUCAUCGGAUUCUGCUGUGUGCGGAUAAUAACAAAGACUAUGGCAUUGACUUGCUCUCAGCGCCUCACAUUCUGACAAAUGCGUGGGCACAAGUGAAACCAGUAACUGUGCAGGACCGCUGCCAUUAUGCAGGCUUUGCUCAAGACUUGAGUCCAGUAUGCAACACUCUUUGUGAUGAUGAUGAUUCUGAUGCUGAUACAGUAUUCAGUGAAAUUGCUGGCACCACCACCUUCACACGGGAUGAAUAUGAAAUGGUGGAUUCGACCCUAGCCACGUGCCGGGAAGAGAAGCUGGAGGAACUGAUUGCAGAGGUGCAGAAUAAGGACAACAGCUCCAUUGACGACGAUGAUGAAAUAGAGGACACUGUACGACAGACAGUGCCACAGCAUGAGGCAUGGCAUGCUGUCUUAAAGCGGCAGCAGUAGUUUGAACGAG